AUGUCGGUCGAUCCGCCCCGCAGACGACGUCGAUCCUCGAUUUCUGAGCACAUUCAACGAGUGUUCAAGUCCGAUUUAUAUGGCGAAUUCAUUCCUCCAAUCCCUGUCGUGGCCCGGGAGGCUCCAGGUCAGGGGGCGGAUAAUUCCAAUACGAGGCACUCCUUAUACAAUGAGAGCCCCAGCUCAGUUUCCUACUCUCCCAUGAACUCACGUUUACCCUCCACUGGUACACCCGGCUCUAGUCUAUCGGUUGCGCCCAGGCCCGUGGGAGAGGACACCCCCACAAAAAUGACAUCCUUAGCAGGCCACGAGGCUGAGAUUAAAUCUCUAACGCCGGGCAAAACGCACAAAAAAGAGAAGCGGGUGACUAGGCGGCUGGAGGCCGAGAGAAAAGAGCUCGAGAAGCGUUUGCUCGCACUCGAGGAUGCCCAGAGCAAGACUGACCCCAGAGCCCAUGAAAGGGACUCGCGCCGUCUUACCAAGAAACAGCCGGUGAGCACCUCGAGUAGAUCCUCCAGCGCGAAUGCGGAGCGACCCAAGUCGUCAAGUGGAUUUUCCUCCAUCUUCAGGCGCUCGCGUCGCAAUUCAGCUUCGAGCGACUUCGACUUUCAAUCCGCCGAAUUCAACAAGCUUCGAACAGACACAAACCCGCCAUCGUUGCCUUUGACUCUACCUGAAAGGUUUGGGACAGCCAUCACCAGGGAGCUCCAAUCCAAGCAUGGUACGGCACUGAACCUAUCUGCUACCAGCAAGAUGGCCAACCCGGCGCAGAGUCGUCUACUCCAUGCUACGGCCAAGUCCGAUGAUCUCCGCGAGAACUGGAAGAUGGCUGAAGCUUGGAAGGCAAAGGAUGGCCGGGAGGGGCAUCGAUCGGUGUCUGAACAGCUGAGUGGUCGGUCCACGAUAAUCGCUCGAAAUAGCGAGACAGCAACCAGCUCAGCCACGGAUGAUCUGGACCGCGAGCUAUUUUCGGCUGCUCUCAAGCAUGACAGGAAAAGCCUCCCUGCGCCAGAACUUUCUUAUGAUCGUGUGAAUCGUGACCGCGCCACCAGGGCUACUAGUAUGCCGAUCUCGCAAAACCAGGCUGGCUUUUAUCAAUCGUUCAAUCCUGAGUCAACCCCAAGUCUUACCACACGUCAACCGGAGGUAGCCGCUUCAGAACCCCCAGGUAGUGUGAUCAUUUCGCCUGUCGCCAGGACUUGCCAGCCGCUCAACCCAACUCAUUCGAGCCCGACAGGCAAUCUUGCUAGAAGAAGCCGAGUGGACCCCUACCCACGAACAUAUAAGUCAUCUCCUCUUGCAUUGAACCCUGCAGUCGAGCAUGGGUUGGCCCAAAAGGAUAAGGAAACCAAUAUUUCCAAGCCAUUGACGUUGCAUAACCCCAACCAACAAACCCAAUUGCAAUCUCAAUCAUCUGCUCUACCUCAUGCUGAAGAUCGAGGAAGAAGCCGACUGCCCGUUGCAUCGUCGAAUGGCGCUCCGCGGACUUCGAGCCGGUUCAAAGAAAACUUCCAAGAUUCGCCUAAACUCGAGCCACCCGAGAUCCCUGUCAAGAGCGAUCGACGAAGCCAAGAGAACUGGAGAACUUCGACCAUGUCUACCGAUACGCUCAGGGACACCCCAUCAUCUUCACUCCAAGUGGGAGUCCGAUCUCCUUUCCACGCCGGCAGCACAUCGCCGGACGCACGGAGCAGCCGAACAUCCAGAGACAUGUCUGAUUCCACAUACGCUGUUCCUCAGCGGUCUCCCCAGCGAGCCCCCCGCGCUUCACAGGACACACCAGGCAACAUACGAGGACCGGGAGGAUUUAUCCCCAGCCACAGCCACAGCCGCACCCCAUCCCACAACUCUUCUCACGACGGCCAAUCCAACUACGACACCGCUGACGAAGAAACACCUGAAUCUCCAAGUUUCCCACGUGAACCAAUGCCACCAUCAAACCCCAACCCUUCACCCCUGGAAGCGCCCAUCCAAGAACCGGAACUUCCCAUCAGCCGACCCAUGCAACCCAACCUCCCUGACCAAACCCGCAACCCAAUAACCAUUCUCAAGCGGCGCUCCCAAAAAUCAAAAUCAAGCCGCAAACCCCCCAUCGCCAAAAUCUUCGUUAUCUGCUGCCGCUGCAAAUACUGGCAUGACCUCCCCUCAGAAGUCUACGCGCGUCUCGCCUACCCCGAGCGCCUCAAUGAAUCCAAACCCAGCCCGCGGAGGAACAACGACCGCAAACCUGCUGGCUCCCGAUCCUUGUCCUUCGGCCAGCUCCCAGCUGCGCAUGCUGCGCAUGGCUCGGACGGACUGGAUCUCCGGCCUGCGCCACUUUUGCCGAGGAAGGUUUCUUGUUGUUGGUGUGGUCAUAACAUGAGUCGGACUUGUUGUGAGGGUUGGACUGCUGUUGUUGAGCUGCGGGAGCGACAUCAUUGA